CAGCAUGAUGAUGACAAUAAUGAUGACAGCAAAACUCCUUCGAAGCUUCUUAAAAAAUCCGAAGCAAACAUUCCUAUCCGAACUGAUCGGAAACGUAAAGUAGCAUUGUUAAUGGCAUACUCUGGAGAGGGUUACUAUGGCAUCCAAGUUAAUUCCGCUUUCCCAACAAUCGAGAGUGAACUGUUCAAAGCACUGGUUGCUGUCGGACUCGUGCCACAAGACCAUGUAGACAACCCAUAUAAGAUGUCUUUCCAAAGAGCUGCUCGUACAGAUAAAGGUGUGUCUGCUGUUGGACAAGUUGUUUCACUGAAGAUGUUGAUAAAUGUGGAUAAUUUGAUUGAUCGACUCAAUGAGACACUUCCAACACAGAUCAGAAUCUUGGGCAUGCUGCGUACGACAAAUUCUUUCAACAGUAAGAACCAUUGUUCACAUCGUACAUACAUUUAUGUGAUGCCAACGUUUGCACUGACUCCUGUAGAAGAGAAUGUUGUUUUAGAUUACAGAAUAGAUGAAAGCAAAUUGGAUGAGCUGAACAGCGUUUUAAGUUUGUUUAAGGGAACACAUAAUUUCCAUAAUUUCACCUCUGGACGGAAAUUCUCUGACCCAAGUGCCAACCGUUACAUUAUGGAUUUUAAGGCAGGAAAACCAGUGGUCAUCGAUGGUCUAGAGCUGGUCACUAUCAGGAUUCAAGGCCAAAGUUUUAUGCUGCAUCACAUUCGUAAAAUGAUCGGUUUAUCAAUAGCCAUUGUUCGAGGAUUUUGUGGGAAGGAUGUCAUUGAUCUUGCAUGGAAGGCUGAGAAAGUUGAUGUUCCCAAAGCACCAGGAUUGGGCCUUGUUCUAGAAAGGUUGCAUUAUAAUGGUUACAAUAAACGGUUUGGCAAUGAUGGCAUCCAUGAACCUUUAGUAUGGGAUAAAUAUGAUGAGCAAAUGGAGAACUUUAAAGAAGAAUUUAUCAUGAAAAACAUCGUUGAGAAGGAGAAAGAAGACAAAUCCCUCUUCAACUGGCUGCCUUGCCUCCAUCAUCACUACUACAAGGCUCAUGUUGGCCCCAUUGCUGGGAAGUCGUCACUCCACCAUGCGAUGCGGAAACUGUAUAAGUUAGAGAAAGCAAAGUUAGACGUUGCACAACCAGCAUGAAAGGAAACAGAGGUGGGGGACGGGGGUGGGGUGGGUAGGAGAGAAGACGAAGAAGAGAAAGAGAAUAAGAAUAGGAUAACAUCUCAAGAAAUAACAAACAAACAAACAAACAGAAAAACACGUUUAUGUUUUAAAUAAUUGAGAGACAAUACCAGCAUGAGAGAAAAAAUAAAAUCAAUAAUUAGUGUUGAUAUACAGGGUUGGCCAUAAGUCCCCCGACAGUAAAUCAAAAUUCCAUAAAUACUUUCUGUAAUUCUGUCUUGACUCGAAUGGAAAAAUGUGUCGCUCAAGAAGGACUUCAGUUUGAACAAUUUUCAUGAUGUUUUAUAUUUAGAUGCUUUUAUUAAAUUCAGUCAGUUGUUAUAUAGCUUCAUAUACGAGAAGGUGCUGGAAAGUUCCUGGCUUUGGGUAAAAGAAAAUACAGGAGAAUCAGUUAAUUAUGAUUUUAUCCGAUAUAUUCCCCUCUCAGAUUCACACACUUAUUGCAGUGAUCCUACAGUUUUUCUAAGCCUUGUAAAAGAACUUGGAAGGUUGGGUCUCCAACCAUGCCUUCCAUGAUACCCUUGACGCCAGGAACUUUGUAGUAUUCCCUCAUAUGAUAAUUAUAAGGUGAAGACUACAAAUUAUUUUGGUAAAUAAAUGGUUAAUGUUA